GAGGGGCGGUACCUUCCGCGCCGCAAAGACGGAGGAUCUUUCCUCCUCCUCUAGAGGAGUUUUGUGCUCGCCUCAGAACGGCGAUUAACGCCCUUUCCCUGCAAUGGAGCGGGCGGGAACAGCUCUCUCUGGGCUCGCCGCCGCAGGAACCUCUGCACUCUUUUUGGCGGGGAACGAGCAGAAAUAUUUCUCCGAGCUCUUUUCGCUUUGCGGCGGCGGCCAGUCUACUCCCGAGGUGGGACCUGGAUUGGGCACCACUACUGUCGGAGGCAGUAAAGUGGCAGAAUUGUUCAGGGCGUCCCAGCUCCCCGCGGAGAUGCUCCAUCAGAUUAUAGACUUGUGUGAUGCUAAACAUGCCGGUUAUUUUGGUCGAACUCAGUUUUAUGCUGCUCUGAAGCUUAUAGCUGCUGCACAGUCUGGUCUCCCAGUACGAAUAGAAAACAUUCAAAAGGAAUUACCUUUACCUCGAUUUAGUGCUCUGAAGAGUAAUAGUGAAAUAAGGUACAUCAGUCUACCAGAAGCACAUGGAGCAAAGUUUCAGAAUCCACAUACAACCUUUGAGAUAAAUUGCUUCCGAAGAACAGAUGAAGAAGAAAAACAGGAAGAAGCAAAGUCUUCUCCCAUGUCUCCCAUUGGUUCCCAUCCUGCUUCUCCCUCAAGUUAUCAGAGAAUUCCUUUGGGAUAUGGAUAUAGUAUAUUGAGAAGUGGGCUUGAGCAACAGCAUGGAGGUUCCUAUGAAGCUAGGCAUUCUAUUCAAGAUGGAUUGACUUCAGGGAAUUAUGGGCCCAAAUCAGUGCCAACGCGCUCAUCUAUUAUUCAGUAUCUUUCAAUAGAAACGGAACCACAGGACAGCAGUAGUAAUUACCCAGAUAACCUUUGGAGGGUAACUGAGGAACAACGAGACUAUUAUAUCAAUCAGUUCAAGUCUUUACAACCAGAUCUCAACUCUUUCAUUUCAGGUUCUGUGGCUAAGAAUUUCUUUACAAAAUCUAAACUGCCGAUCCCUGAGCUUUCACACAUAUGGGAACUUAGUGACGUUGACUGUGAUGGAGCAUUGAGCUUAGCAGAAUUCUGUGCCGCCUUUCACCUUGUUGUUGCUCGGAAGAAUGGCUAUCUUUUGCCAGACAGCUUGCCAGAGAUGCUCUUGCCUGACUAUCUUUAUGCAGGUUCCCAUAAAUCUAAAGUUGAACAUGUACUUAAUUCUUAUUCAGAGUCAUUGUCAGUAAAUCAUUCAACAAGAGAGUUUAGUAGGACUGAGCCUUCAAUUGAUGAGAAACCAGUUAAGGCUGCCCAGAUUCAAGAUACAGUUACUGAUGAUAAACAAGUUUACUCAAGCACAUAUAGAGGGCUAAUUUGGGAGAAAUGUCUGAAAGUGAGUGGUUCUAUCCAAGCAGCACCAAGGGAAUUUAAACCUUUCAAAACUGAUGUUCUGUAUAUCCUUGGUUUACCUUGCGUCAAAUAAAUUUGGUCAUAAUACACGUCUUUCCAUUUUUACAUUUUCACCAAAUUCAGAUGACAUUUAAAGCUCGAACAUAGUCAUUAUCAACAACUGGCAAUUUGGUUUUUUCCUGGGACUUUGCAUAGUAAUCGCAAACUACCGCUUUGCAGUGCUUUACAGCCCUCUCAUAGCAGUUUACAGAGUCAACAUAUUGCUCGCAACAAUCUGGGUCCUCAUUUUAUUGACCUUGGAAGGAUGGAAGGCUGAGUCAACCUUGAGCUGAUCAGGAUUGAACUACUGACAGUGAGCAGACUUAGCCUGCAAUACUGCAUUCUAACCACUGUGUCACCAGGGCUCUAUCACAUAGUAUAUUGCAUAGUAUAUGACUAGGAAUUCUUACUGAUGGAAUCUGAUAGGGAGUCACUGCAGUCCCUUUGUGCAGUUUUAGAAUUCCAGGAAUACUUGAUGCUUGCUGGGAUAUGACUAAGUGCUCUUUAUUUUUGAAAGAGAGAGAGAGGAGAUUGCAUUAUAGUUUAAUCAAAUCAUGUCUCACAGACUAACUGAUGUAUUGUGGCAUCAUAAUUUGUAGAUAAAUGCCAUCUUCAUCACACAUCUAAAAUGGAUUAAUACCAAGUGUGAGGUUGAUUCCAAAAGACUUUUUAAUUGUCAAAUAUUACCUUUAUUAUUUUAAAAUGAAUUGCAUAUUGAGGGAUUGCUGCUGUAAUAUUUUGCUUCUGUGAGCAUCUAGUACAAAAAUAGGCUUUUUAAAAUAGCAAAUCAGUGCAAUCUGAACAGACUGGCUAAUAGCAGAACAAUGGGUUUACUAAUAAUAGUAAGAAAGUGUAGGCAGCAACAAGGAAAAGGUAAAAUCAGUACAACCCUCAAAGAUUCUCUUCAUUCCCUUCUCAUGCCCUUCCUCCUUGUUUUUAAAAAUGAGGAAUUAUUCAACAGUUAAAAGGACUUUUCUUUAACAGUGCAACUGUCUCAAAGCCAAAGUGAGGAGAUGAAAAGGUUUUUUUUAAAAAAAAAAAGACUGAGAGCUCUUCCUUGUGACUACAUUAAUGUGCAUUUCUCUAAUCUAUGACUUGGAAGAAAAGUAGGCUGCAUAAAUUGCACUCCCCUGACAGCCAACCUCUUUUCUGUUUCAUUGAAAAACUCAGUGGACUAAUUGCCAUACAGUUUUAAUGGAAAACAAAGUAAGGAAAGUGAUGAGUGGAGUCUCCAGAUUUUUUUUUUCCUCUGCCACACAAUGUCACCUGCCAGUAGGAAACUCAGUCAUUGAUCACUCUUCUUAAACAUGAAUUCCUUCAAAUGGCUAGAUUCAUAGAUUUAGCCCUCUGUAAGAACCUGGCACUGAAAUAGUGAUACACUGGGUGAAAAGGGACUGCAUGAUAAAGCAGGAUUUCCUACUUCACCAGGCAGCCUCUCAGAUCAUCUACAGAUCAAAGGCCUGGAAAGCCAAGAUGGUUUUGACCCAUUUAAAGCAAUUUCUUUCAAAAAUAAACUGAUUUGUAAAGAUACUCAUUUUUCUCACACGUUCUUAUAGAGCUAGUUGGUAAAUUUCUCAGCUUUCCUGAAACAAAAAGAAAUGGAAGAGAGAGCCAGAGACCAGGGAGGAGAAACUUGCUAGCAAAGUACCUAACAGAAAUUGGGCAGGUCCUGUCCCUUGAUUGUGUCUGCACUGGCACAAUUAAUUAUGUGUUGUGCUCUUCUAUCCAUGGCAAGACCUGUGCUAGGGGAAAAGAAAAAAAUACUAUUUUUAAAAUGGAGCAACUAAAGACAAAUUUAAAUUCCUUUAAUGGUGGGCUGACCAUAAGAUGAAGGUAACAAGGUGAGGACAUUUCUUUUAAAUAUUUAGUAAUCUUUGUGCCAUAGUUAAAGAGAUGUGAGGAUUAGCUUUUAGUCAUCCUUGUAGUUUUAUAUAAAAAUUAUACUACAUCAGUGUACUGGCAGUGAUAAUUAGUUCAGUCUAAUUAAUCAUGUUUUAAUAGAACAGAAAUAAAUCAUUUCCGCUCACCCUCUUGUUCCCUUUUUUCUUGAAUGAGUAUCUUGUGGCUAACUCCCCCCCCCCCUCAAAAUAAGGGCUUCAAAAUUAUGGUGUUUCAAUGAUGCUAUUACCUAUCAAUGCCUUACAGGCAAUGGUAAAGUAUGCAAAUUCACUGUCUGCCAAGAGUGAAUGUGUUAAAGAACCUUGUCUUUUUGAGGAAGGAAAAAAGAAGGAAUACUGUCACAGGAUUCUGCUCAUUUUGCUCAAGUCUGAACACUUAUAAAACUGCUAUUCCAAAACUCAGUAACAUUACAUGUUAAUUGUAGACCAUUAAUAUGUAAUUCAAAUUUGACCUUACUCAAUAUUCAUUGUACUCUGUCAUUGUUCACAGAAAAGAAAGACAAAAAAUGUCUAAUAUAAACUGUACUAUGGGAAUCUUAUUUUCUAAUACUUUUAUCAUGAAAAUGAUGUUUUUACCUAAAUGUAGUUGAGAUCCAUUCGCAGUUUUCAUGUCUAGUUAUACUGUUGCAUCAUUUGAUAUUAUGAAUAGUUUUAUUUCCUCACAAUGUUAUUAACAAAUUAUCUUACAUUAUAGCUGCUCAAGAAUCAAAAACACUUAAAACGAGACCAAGGUCCAGGUAAGUAAGCAAAAAUAAAAUGUCAAUCUGUCAGUAUUUAUUUUGCUGUUUUUGCAAUAAAUUGCAAUUCUAAAGUAAACCAGGGGAUUUAGCUAUUACAGUAAUUCAGAUAAUACUUUUGAAGUGGACCUUCAAAUACUACACUGAAUUUGUCGGACAAGUAAUAAUUUAUUUUUGAAUGCCUUUUGACUGAUACCUUCUGUGCCUGAUAGCUUUGAUAUAGAAAUGCAUCACAUAAACUGUUUUAGAUAAAAUUCACACCUCAAAAAUAAACAUUUCAUUUAGUAAAUAGCACUUUUCUUUUAUUUCUGCAGUUUUAAUUACCUAAAAGUUUUUAUGAUAUACUUUAUUAGGUAAUUGUACUUUCCUGCAUUGUUUUAUUUUUGUGAAAUGCAUGGAUUUUAUUUAUUCUACUUACACUAAUGGAAACAUGUCACAGUAAAUAUAUAAAUAAUAAAAUAAAAACAAUGUAGCACUAAAUACAUUUCUAAACAUAUACAGUUAAAAGUUCCUUGUGAUAAUUGUUUGUAUACUUUUCACUUUUAAAUAUGGUCACAUCUAAUUCUUAUCUUCAACAAAUGCCAUACCUAACUUAUUUUUUUUUGUUAUCUUAACCUUACAAUGAAGCUACAAGUACUAUAAGCCUAAAAAAGUUAAACUGUACAAACAAAGUGGAUAACUGUCCUUCAGAAAAUAUUUUCUAUUUUUCUUCCUAUAGUAUUAAGAUUAAAUAGAGGGAAAAAAUAAGUAUCAACCAAAUAAGAUAUUCUUUUUUAGGAUGAUAUUUUUAUUGUUUCUAAAUGACAACCUAUGCAAUUUUUAACCAGAUGUUUUUAAUAACUGUCAGAAUACAGAUAUAUUUAUGGACUAAUUUUUGUUCCUUCUCGCAUAUUUUCAAAAAUUAAAUCACUAUAUAAGAAUAUGUCCACUAUAUAAUUUCACUUCAAAAUGUGUGGUUCAAGGUAUUUGAAAUAUGCAUGUUUCCAAGAGUAAAGACUGAUUUGAAAGCAAUAAAAACAAAACAGAAUUAACUCUAGCCCCAACUUUUCAAAGGUCAGCUUUAUCUGAGUUGCAGUUGCUAAACUCUGCCUUUUUAGAAUUCACUUUUGGAAAGGGUCUUCAAAGUGCCUGGAAAUAUGAACAGCAUUUGGAUCUAGUUAAGUAGAAUCCCCUUCUGCUUCUUUUAAUUAUUGUUUUUUAUUCACUUUUCUUUAUUGGAUUUUGGUUUUUUGGGUUUUUUAAUAAUGUGUGAUCACCUUUUAUUAAUAUUUAUUUUUGUUAAAUGCCUCUUGGAAUCACAUUGGUUGAGAAGUCAGAGGCUUAUAAAUGUAUGAAAUAAAUAUCUGCAACUCCCCAGAGCACCCCACUUUUCCUAUGAUUUUGCAGCAGCUACAAAGUGUAGUUACAUAAAUAAUCCUUGAAAAAGACAUCACUGCUUGAUGUCUUCAUAGUCAUUCAUAAUCCUACAUACUCCAAAUUAUUUUCUGGUAUCAAAUACAAAAACUGGCACAGCCUUCUCUGAAUACAUUGUUCCUCAUGUUUUCCUUAUUCUUUAUAUGUAUUCCCUGGAAAAUUACUACUUUCAAUUUAAACAAAUUCUUUACCAUAGCAGUUUGCCAGAUACUAAAUUGAGUGUUCUUUUAAAAAAUGAGGGUAAGAAGUCAGAGGCAGAUGUGCAAGCAUCUACAAAUGACUAUAUACUGUAUAUUCAUUUUGUAUGUAUAAAACAUGUAUAAAACAUGUAUCCCAAAUGUAUCCCCAUGUAUCUUAAAAACAAUAUCCUACUUUGGAGUAACAGUACUCCAGGUACUCUGUGGAACAGUCUCAUCCUGUUUACUAUUAUACCAGUCAUCCACAAGUACUAGCAACAGAAAUCAAGGACAAUAAAAAAAGCUUCUUCCAACAUACUAACAACAAAAAAAAAAAUCAAGGAAACUGUAGGCCCAUUAAAGGGAGAAGAUGGCAAGGAAA